GAGUUACGAGACAGGUAUAACGAAAAUCAGAGUCAACGAUUCCUCAGAAGUUUUGUGAUUUUCUUCUCUCUUCUGCUGCUGUUCCCUCGUUUUCCUUCUUUCACUCAAUGGCUGACACCACAUCAUCAUCAUCCCCUUUCGAGAAAAUCCAGAUUCAAAGGGACGACACUACAUUUGAUGCAUAUGUGGUUGGAAAAGAAGGUGCUCCUGGAAUUGUUGUGGUUCAGGAAUGGUGGGGUGUGGAGUACGAAAUUAAGAACCAUGCUUUGAAGAUUUCUCAGCUUGGUACUGGGUAUAGAGCUCUUAUCCCAGAUCUGUACCGAGGAAAGGUUACUCUUGAUGUUGCAGAAGCAGAGCACUUGAUGACUGAUCUUGAUUGGGAAGGUGCUGUAAAGGAUAUCCGUGCUUCAAUUAACUGGCUUAAGGAAAAUGGUUCUAAGAAGGCUGGUGUAACUGGAUUUUGUAUGGGGGCUGCUCUCGCUGUUGCAAGUUCUGUCUUGGUUCCAGAGGUUGAUGCUGCUAUUGCAUUCUAUGGAGUUCCUCCUUCAGAUCUUGCGGACGCUUCCCAAGCCAAGGCUCCUAUUCAGGCUCACUUUGGAGAGCUGGAUAGUGUUAAGGGAUUUUCAGAUGUUACCGCUGCUACGGCCUUGGAGGAGAAGCUGAAGGAAUCUAGUGCUCCAUAUGAAGUACACAUGUAUCCUGGCAAUGGACAUUCAUUCAUGAACAGGUCCCCUGAAGGAAUUCAGAGGAGGAAGAACAUGGGAAUGCCUGAUGAAGAUGAAGCUGCGGUUCAGCUGGCGUGGUCUCGCUUCCAGACUUGGAUGACACGUUACUUGUAUAGUUAGGUAAUUUAGUAGCUGAAUUCUGAUGCUAUAUGCUACAAGUUUACUUCAUCUUAAGUGAUAAUGUAGUGCCCGCUUAAGUGGCGCUACAAACUGGAAGCUUGUUCUUCUUCUUGCACUUUAGUUGGUUGCUGAAAUUUGGAUGUAUCUUUGAAAAAACUGACAUGGGAAUAAUUUUUAUACAGUUGUAGCUUUUCUGUAAUUGAAUAAAUUAUUUUGGCUAGUGGUUUGAUUGUUCUUGUCA